AUGAGGGGGGCCGCCACACUUCGAGAGCCCCCCGCCCGCGCCUCGCAGCCCGCGCCCGCUGCAGCAGGCCACCCGUUUGCUGCAGCAGCAAACCAAUCUUUUCCUUCUAACGAGAACGACGGCAGCACUGCCAACGCGGGGGGCCCCCCGGAGGGCCCCCCGGGGGGCCCCCUCAAGGGGGGGGCCCCCUGCGGCGACGCGGCUCUAACCCCAGACAGAGGGCCCCCGGAAGCGUCCCAGGGGGCCCCCCCAGGGGCCCCCGAGGGGGGCCCCCAGGGGGCCCCCGAGGGGGGCACCCCGGGGGCCCCUCCAGGGGCCCCCGAGGGCUGCUGCCGCAGCAAAAGGUACUCCAGCUCUUCUGUUAUUUCUCUUAUGUCUGAAGAUGCAGAGGGGGAAGAGGGGGCCCCCUCUCCCUGCGUGGGGGGCCCCCCAGCUGCGCGGCCCCGGCGAGCGGCUUCGCUCCGCAGCAAAAAGGCAGCAGCAGCAGCAGCAGAAGCAGCAGCAGCAGCAGCAGCAGCAGCAACACCGCCUCCUGUCCCUGCAAAGUACAGGAAGGAGCUCGAGAGUGUUGACGAGGACAUCAACAAAAUCCUCCAAAAAGGAAUUCCACCGACGGACUUGCUCUCAAACCGCGAGGCCUACAUAAAGGCGAAGAAGGAAUUGGAGGUUCCUGAGGGAGAAGAAGAAGUGGAGGGAGAAGGCGAGCAGCCGCAAGGCACUGGCCUGGCGCUGCGGCUGCAGCGGCUGCUGCGGCUGCUGUGCGAAGGUGCUGCGCUGCCGCUGUCGGACUUAGCAGCAGCAGCAAGUGCUGCUCUUGCAGACCCUGGGCCUGCAGGAGAUGCUCCGGUGUUUUCCGUAAACCCUCAAACCCUCAAAGUGGAGCUUCCCGUGCUGCUGACGAGACGCAGGCAGGCCCCUUGCUGCAGCGCCGAGGGUUUAGGGUUCGGGCUGGCGCGCCCCAUAGACGGCGAGGGGGGCCCCCCGGGGGCCCCCAAGGGGGGCCCCCCGGGGGCCCCCAAGGGGGCCCCCAUAAGCUCCUCUGAAGACACAAGUUCUUACAAGUUGUGGAUUUGGGAAUGUGUGCUGCUGGAGGGUUUGCCAGCAGCAUUUAAGGAGGGAGCUCGCAAGGAAAGGGAGGGGCGGCAGACUCUUUACCGGCGGCUGCGGGCUCUGGAGAAGCUGCGGGAGGCGCUUUGUGGGGGCGUGGAGGGCGAAGUGGCAGCAGCACGGGAGCGGGUGCAGCAGCAGCUGCAGCGGGAAGCAGCAGCAGCAGAAAGGAAGCAGCAGCAAGAACACAAAAAGCGGCAGAUUGAAUAUGCGCGAAUGGAGAGGGAAAGAGGCCGCAGGCAGCGGGAGGAGCAGCGCGAGGAACUCCGCAGACAAAAGGAACUCGAAAGGGAAAAAAAAGAAAAAGAAAAACUCGAAAAAGAAAAAGAAAAAGAAGAACAAAGACUUCAAAGGCUGAAGCAGCAGGCGGAGAAGCAAAAGGAGAAGAAGACAGACCCCAGCGUGAACCGGCAGCAGAGUCUCAUGGCUUCGUGGCUGCGGCGGCCAGCUUCGCAGCCAACGGGGGCUGCGGGGGGCCCCGACAGGGGCCCCCAGGGGCCCCGGGGGCCCCUGCCUUCCCCCACAGCCAGGGGGGCCCCCCUGGUGCUGGUGCUGGACGAAGAGGAACAGGCGGGGACUGGGGCUAAGGCCGAGUUGAGGAAAGCAGCAGAGUUGGAAGCUGCUGCGUGGCGAGCAGCAGCAGAAGACAAGGAGGGUUUUGUGGCUGCUGUUGAGGGCGCGCUGCAGCGGCACCGCCGCGUCGACGCGAAGGACUUGCCUCAAGUGUCGGAAGCGCAACAGGAGCAGCAGCAGCAAGUCGAUCCGGCCUCGCUGCUGCAGCAGUUCUUGGACAAACAUGCAAUUCCAGCCAGAGAUCGUUUGCGGGAUGAAUCACCGCCGCUUCGUGCACAAAGUAUCUGUGCAGCAGUCGACCAGCGCGUCUUGCGGGGCGGCGCAGGGGGAGGGCGAGAGCAGCAGCAGCAGCAGCAGCAGCAGCAGCAGCAGCAGCAGCAGCAGCAGCGGGUACAGGCAAACGGCCGCGGAGGUAAGGAGGGGCCUCACCCUCACUGA